CCUGUGUAGAGAACACACAGGUACCUGCAUACAGUGCUCCAUGGCAUCCUGCAUUGUGGCUUUCCACGUGACCUGCGCCUUCGACCACGGCCUGGAGAUGAGGACCACCCUGGCGGAGAACGACGAGGUGCGCUUCAAGUCCUUCUGUCUGGAGCACAGCGCUAACUCUAGCGCCACCGCUAGCGCCACCGCUAACGUCAACAACCCCAGCGGCGCCGCUAACGGCAAUCCGGCUAACGCCAACGGAAACUCCGCCCACGCCGCCAAACCGGACGACCGUCACUCGACGCCGCCGUCGGCGUCGGAGCGGCCCGCGGUAACCGGCCCCGUGCCGUCGGCGGCGGAGCGCGACCAGGCGGAGCGCGAGCAGGCGGGCCAGAGGAAGCAGAAGCUGCAGGAGCUGGAGGACGAGUUCUACCUGCUGGUGGACCCGGGCGAGGUCGCCGAGGGCCUGGGGCUUCCUGCCGCGCACGUGGACUUCCUGUACCAGUUCUGGAAACUCCGCAGGAAGUCCAACUGCAACCGGCCACUGGUGGUGCUGAAGAGGGACGAGGUGGACAACCUGGACCAGCAGGAGCAGGACGUCCUCUACAGGCGACUGCAGCUGUUCACCCAUCUGCGGCAGGACCUGGAGAGG